AUGUCGUUCUUGAUUUACCUUGGCGAUGCAGAGUUGCCUAGAUUGGAGUGGAGGGGUUCAUCUAUCAGUAUAUCUAGCUGGGUUAUCUCUUUCUUGAAGGCUCGACAUAUGGUCGAGAGGGGUUUUUUGGCUUAUCUGGAUUAUGUUAGGGAUACAGCUACAGAGACUCCCACGAUUGAUUCAAUGCUCGUGGUGCGGGAGUUCUCUGAUGUGUUUCCUUCUAAUCUACCAAGCAUGCCACUAGAUCGCAAUAUCAAUUUCAGUAUUGAUUUGGCUCCAGCUUCAUUUUUCAAUUCGGGAGAUUUAAGUGCAGAUGCUACUAGUAGUAGCAGUGCCAAAGGGUUGGGAACCACCGCCAGAGGGCGGAGGUUGUUGAAGGUCAGGGAGGAGAAGAUGAAACGUGAAUAUGAACGUCUCCACAACUACCCUGCUUGGGCCAAAGUGUUAGAAGAUGCUUGUAAGCAUGACACAGAGCUUCGUGCUGUGCUUGGUGAUAGUAUUGGCAAUCCAGAGCUUAUGAGGAAAAGGCUUUCAAUUCCUUUUCUCCAUUUUGAUAGGUCGAAGACAGUUCGAACCAAGGGCCAAAAUUUUUACAAGUCUAAAACAGGAUCUGUGCUUGCAUUCAAAGUCAGCUUUAGAGAUUUUAAUCCUCUUGAUUCGUACAUAUGGUUCGAAUUAUAUGGCUCACCAUCUGAUCGAGACGUUAACCUUCUCGGUAGUGUUAUCCAGGCAUGGUAUGUCAUCGGCCGAUUAGGCGCAUUUAACUCAUCUAAUUUGCAGCUGGGGGGUUCAUCGUUGGAGUUUGAUCCUCUUUAUGAUGCAGACAAAGGCUCCAAGGUGAUGCCUUCAUCGUUCCAUGACAUAAGUAAUGUUGAAUUCCAGGACAAUUGGUGCAGAGUUUGGGUGGAUCUUGGUACAACUGAUUUCUUCUCAAUUGACGUACUUCUCAAUUACUUGACUGUAUUGAGCUCAGAAUAUUUGGGCAUUCAACAAGUGGUUUUUGGUGGUCGUCGGAUGGGUGAUUGGGAAGAGGGAAUGAUCAAUUCUGGUGACGGAUACAAAUAUUUUGAAAUUUGACGGAGGAAAUGCAACAAAAUCGAGAAUCAGCUGGGAGGAAAUGGAUAGGGAUUUAUCAAGAAAAUGAAAUAUUUAGCUUUUCAAUUUGAAGAGAGAUGAAGUUUUGUAGUAUUAUCCUUAUGAUACGAUAGUAUUUGGGAUAGGACUCCGUUACUGUAUUAAUGAUAGUAGUGAAGUUAAAUGAUUAGAACAAGUGAUUAAUGUGUAGAGCUAAUGAUAGUAUAUCUAUAAUAGCUUU